AUGAACUUCUGGGAGGAAGAGGUGACUCAGGUACGUCGCGCUAAGCGCUUCAAGCGAGGCCAUACGGCUUGUCGUCGGUGUCGCUCGAAGAAAACAAAAUGCGACAACCGCCGGCCUUCAUGUGGUGUUUGCGUGGAGAACCACGUUCAAUGUGUAUAUGGGGAGCUGGAUGGACAGCAAAUUCCACAAGACCUUCGAGAAGAGCUCGACCUUCCACCAGCGGGUAUUACCAGCUUACACUUUCCUCGAGAGUUUCCAAGUCUCCCUUCCUGGACCUCAUUCCACAGCAGUGUGAAUGAUGAUUCAUCCAACACAAACUCAAAUUGGCAGAUAUUGCCAUCAAGCGUCAUACAACAACAAGAAGAACAUAGCUGGUACUAUUAUCUAGCGUGUAUAGCGCUGAGGAAAAAGGCUGAUUCUAUUAAUGAUCUACUCUACGAGCCAGGAGAACAUGUUUGGCUGGCGAAUGUAGAGCAUGUAAUGGCUCAGGCCAUUCUCCAGGAGCACGAGCUUGACCAAUGGCGAACAAUAUUACCCAAAACAUUGGAAUUUGAUGCUGACGAUGGUGCUCCCGAAGACCUAGCAUUUAUCUUGGAAUGCAGGCAACUCCAAUGGCGCCAGAUUUCUUACAGACCAUUACUUUAUUACGCUCUCCACAAGCCCGACACAGAUCCAUACUUUGAUCGUGUAUUACCCUUAGCACAGAAAUGCCUCCAGUACUGUGCUCUCACGAUCAAGCGACUCACAAGACCACAUUAUUACGAGGCGACCUGGUUCAGCUAUCGUGCCAUCUCCACGGCAACGCUAUUGAUUCUGGCUGCGCAACUGCGUGGACCUCCUUUGUAUGUACACAACUGGCAAGCCUUGGUUUCGUUGUCGCUCCGGGUGCUUGCUGCUCGCACAGCGCGCGCAGCAUACAUUGAUCAGGCACGGCCAGUGCUAGAAACACUCCUGAAACACGUCACGAAAGACCAUGAGUAG